AUGAAGCCGUUGCCACCGCCGCGGUCGGGUGAACGGUGCCCGAAUGCUCGCCGUACACGUCCUACUCUCGUGUCUCGCCCCCCCGUCCCGCAGGAGGGCAUUGCACGCUUGCUUGAACGUAGAGAGCUGCCCGCGGAUGUUGAUCUUGAGAAGCUCUUUAUCAAAAACAAAUCUUUCGGGGCGCGGCGGGCAAAAAUGCAUCCCCACGACGCACGUUUUGCCCAGCCGGUGAUGACGACCCUAUCGCCGUAUAAUCGAAUGAACGGCUUUGUGCUGGACAUUGCGGAGAUCAAAAAGAUACCCGACAAACUCAAUCUGAAGGAUCUUCGGGAAUGGGAGUCUGCUCAGCGGCGUUCUUCAGACCCUUCUUCCGCGUCCGACCCCGCCUCAAUGUUGAGCGACCACCAGGAGAACCUGCCGCCGUCUGGGCGGGAGGAUACAAGGACCUACACGGAGUUGCUCGAUGUCUAUUCAAUGCACGAGUUCAUUAUUCGAAAGGGUGUUACGCUUAGAAGUACGCCUGAAUUUGCGUCUUUUAAACGACGCUACGCCGCAUGUUGGGGCAACGUGGAGCUGGUUAUUCGACGCCUGGAGGAGUUCCUCGUGAGUUACGGCGUAGACCUUGCGUACGUGGAUGGCAGAAAGGUUGCAGCACUUGCCACCUUCCAAGUAGACGACAUUAUUUCUCGAGAGGACAUGCUUCAGUGUUUCGAAAAUCGUGAGGAAUUGGAGCCUCUUACGAGUAAUAUUGCACAAAGAUUCGCGUGCGGCGUCAACGGUCAGCAUCUCGCGGCGCAGAAGAUUCAGGCAACGUGGCGCAUGUACUCCCAACGUGUGGCCUACCGCCACAUACUUGUGGGCAUACAGGCGGCCAUUGUCAUACAACGCUGGUGGAUCCUGUAUAGAUCGCAUUCUCUGACGAAGAAGACUCUGAAGGCCCAACGUGAAAUACGUCUGCUUCGUUGGAAGAAGACUAUGGAAGAGUUCACCGAGCGCUGGCCACAAAUAAAAGAGGAACGGCGAACUAUUGUUCACUUGCCCUCCUUGUCAUACCCGCGGUUCCACGCCAAACAUGUGCCGUUUUACUUUGCACUGCAGAUGGGACAAAUCACGCGGCUGACAGACUUGCGUGAUCCGUUGGUGGAUGUUAUUCUGCUCGCGCCGUUUCGACCAGAGCCGGAGGUGAUGGAAUAUUAUUUUACGCUUCUGGAGGACUCGGGUGUGGUGAAUCCGCGGGGAAGAUUCACACUGUUGGUCCCAGAAAACGCAAAGCGACUUCCCUCUGGUCUCAGCCUCACACGACUGGUGUUGCUUAGUUCGCGUCUUAUGAAAUGCCUAUCGUUACUAUGCAAGAACCGCAACACGUAUGUCGUUCCGGGUGUUAUUGGCGCCGAAGAGCAUUCUUUUGCCAUUGAGUUAAACAUUCCAAUGCUUAGUCCUGAUUCCAAAAUUGCGCAAGCCUUUGGCAGCAAAAGCGGCUGCCAACGUCUCUUAGAUCUGGCGGAACUUCCCAAACUCGUUGGUAUUUACGGCCUGCGUGACCGGAAUGAACUUUUUUCCGCAUUGGCAUCGUUGAUCGUUGAGCACAAAGAGGUUGCUCGAUGGCUUGUGAAAUUGGAGACCGAAUCGUGUAGUCGUGGACAUGCGUACUUUGACGUGAACCGCAUUCGCGUACUGAAGGGUAGUGAUGAAUCGAAGAAGAACUACCACGGCGUGCUGAGAGAGUUGUUAGACCACGCCAACAAGCGGGCACGGUUGGUUUGCUCCAACAGCUACCCGGACUGGGAGUCGUACGCAACGAUGUUUGACACUGUUGGCGGGUGCUUGGAGGCUGUGCCAAACCGAGUUAAGGCAUUUCUGUCCGCUAACCUCUUCGUUGAACCAACGGGUGUAGUGAACCUGCACUCCGUGGUGGAGCCCAUGCUGGCCCCCGCAUUUACCGUGAUGGGGUGUCACUUUCCACUGCAGAAGUCUGUGCCAUAUGCCGCCAUUCGUGACGCCGCCCUUUCCGUUGGCAAAGCGGCUUUCCGGAGGCGCAUCAUGGGCUACAUCUCCGUUGACUUUGUGGUGCAGGACACAGGGGAUGAGACCGCACCGGAGCUCUACGCCGUUGAUGUGGAUCUCCGCCUCACCGAGAACGCCGCCGCCCACAGUUUUGCCUGCCUGAUAACCAACAGCACCUGGUGCGCGGAGACGGGCAGCUGCACAAUAUCCAACACGGAUGGUGGACUAGUUUAUGCGUAUAGCGGCAUCAUUCAUAGUCCAUUCCUCUCAGCGGUGCGGCAGCAGUCAUUUUUUUCUCUUUGCCGCUCGAAGGGACUUUCCUUUGACAGGCAUCGUUGUACGGGUCUUGUGUUUCACUUGGUGGAUGUGCUGCUUCGCGGCUGCGUCGGCGUGCUUUCGGUUGGCACACGGCGGGGCUACGUGACGCGGGUGAUGAAGGACUUCCAGAAUCUGCUGAACCUAGAGCUGCCCAAGCAGAGCGAGCAUUCAGGGGAGAGCAACUUUGUUUACUUUUCUUCUGCCAUCCACCAACUGAUCCGGUCGGUCUCCAUCUCGAAAGAAAUGUAA